UAGUGCUAUAGCCUAAACUGUUCAUAUAAUUUGAUAAUAGUCUGUAUCCGUGAUCGGCCUUAAUGUCGUUAAAAUUUAAGUUCUCCUUCGCUCAUAGAAUUUAUAGCAUGUCACUUGCUUGAAUUUUGCUUGUCCACGCCGCAAUAACAAUAUUAAAAUGAGUACAAACGUUAAAGGUUCAUGUGUUGAUGUUUUGGAUUUCAAAUGCUCGGCAUUCUGCAAUCUCCGUAUUUUCAAUGAAGGACACCAGUUUAAUAUAUCAGCUGGAAUGAUCAUAAGUUCCAACAAAUUUGGAAUGACAAUUAUUGCUUUCCCUAAUCAACUUUGUUUAAUUUCAAUGAAACACGUUCGUCAGUUAGUUGGUGAUUUUGGAGUUGAAAAAAAUACAUUAUCCAACUUUUUAAGACGUGAGAUUGAAUUAAAUUUUUCUCCAAAUUUUUUGGACCUUAGUUGUGAUGAAGGUUAUUUAGCAGUUGCUGGAACUUCUAAUUUAAAACCUUCAAUUACCAUCUACAAUAUUGAAGCUUUGAUUUCUCAUAGUAAUAUUUCUCCUUUAGUAUGCAUUAACUUUGGAACUACUCAAGGUUCACAUGUAACUGAUAUGUCAUGGAAUCCAGGUUUACAAAAUUCUUUGGCAUGUUGUUUGUCGGAUGGUUCUUUGCAUAUAAUAGAGUUAAAAGAUGAUGGAACUUACUCUGUUGUUAGUUUACCACCACAAUCAAAUACUCUAUGUUUGAGUUGGAGUCCAAAAGGUAAACAAAUAAUUAUUGGUAGUUCAAAUGGAUCUUUAACCCAGUAUAAGCCUGAACUCAAAGCUGUUAAACAAUAUAUGCCACCAACCGAUGUUACAGCAAAUAUAAAACCUAAUAAAAUCAAAUGGAUAUCAAAUUUUCAAUUUGCUGUUAUCUAUGAUAUUAUGGAUAACACAGACAAUCAACCAAGUCUUUAUAUUCUUAACACACCAAAAAAUGCACCAAUAGAAUUUAUUAACUUUGAACAAUAUGCUGUUAUGAAUUCUGAACAAUAUAGAUUAAAUCAAUAUUAUACCAUAUUUCAACAAAAUUGGAAUCUUCUUUUUGUGGCUUCAUCAAAUUGUACAGAAAUUGGUGUAAUGGGUAUAAAUAAUGUAAACCAAUGGCAAUGUUGGAUGUUAGAAACAAGACCAGAAUUACCAUACAGACUUGAUAAACAAAUGUAUCCUUUAGGAAUGUCUCUAGAUCUUUCUUCACAAAUGCGAAUAAAAAAAUUAUCCAAAUCAAAUGAAGAAAUAUUUAUUGAUCCAAUGCCAGUGUUAUGUGUUUUGUCAAGUGAUGGUAUAUUAUUUAUGUAUCAUAUUGAAAAUCAGUUGACUGAUUAUCAAAACAUAUGUAAACCACCUUCAGAUAUACCAGAUAAUGUAGUAGCUCAGCUAUUUACCACCAAUUCUAAAAUAAAUAAUGUUCUAGUAGAUGAACAAGUUAUAACUGAAGUAGUAGAAAAAAAUAAUGUUGUUGAUGAAAAAGCUAAAGGUGAUCAUAAUGAAUCAGUUCUUGCAAGCUAUUUAGAAACUUCUAUCAAUUCUCAAGCAGAACAACCACAAAUAUUUGAUGUCCCUAAAGUAUCAAUUGUUAAACCAGUUAUUCCUGCUACUACUGUAACUAUUUCUACAGUACAAAAUGUACCUAGUCAAUCAAAUCUUUCUGAGACAAAUAAAUCAACUGAUGAAGCUGUAAAUCAAGUAAUGUUAAAUGAAGUUUUAGAAGAUGUUCAAAUAUUUCAAUCACAAAUAGAAGAUAUCUUAAAAUUAUCAUUAAAUACCAGCAAACUUAAGAUUGGUGAUGAUAAAGAUAAAGAAACACUUGUGAAAAAAUGGACUUCUCUAGACAUAUUUUUCAAAGAUUUAAAUGAAACUAAUCGUUCACAAUGGACAGAGAGUAAAGCUCUUCAAAAAGCUGUAUUAGAUUCUAUAGCUUGGGUGGAAGACUCAAAAUCUCGUCUAUUCUUUUUGAAAAACCCAAAGUAUAAAUGUCUUUUGAGAAAUAAUAGUGAUGAGCUAUAUAGUAAAACACUAUUUGAUAAUAUAGAGCGUACAUUAUACUAUAUUGAAACUCAGCUUACACAUGUUGAUGACCAACUGAAAGCUAAAUAUGACAGCUACAAUCCUAACAAUAAGGAAUUGAAAAUACCUUGUUUGGAAACUAUAUAUAAGUCACUAGUAGUAAAUACAAAUAUAGUGAAUAAGUUGAAAGAUAAAAUUAAUAACUUGUGUAAUACUGCAGAAGAAAUGAAAUACAGGACUUUUAAGAAGAUAUCAUUGGUACCAGAUAUCAUACAAAAUACUUCAAAGUUGAAUGAGUCUCGUGAUAUUGGUUUAUCAAAACUUUCAGAACAGCUAUUAAAAAUUACAUUAGACAAAGAUGGUGUAUCUGCAAUUAAUUCAUACAAUAUUGCCAAAAAAUACUCCGUAUUGUCAGCAAAUCAACGAGCACUCUCACUUUCAAAAGUUAAUAAACUUCAAGAAUGGUUAAAAGAUUUUAAAACAAGACGCACAAAAAUAACUAAAUCUAAUUAUGCAAAUAUAGAUUUAAGUAGACCUGUUUGUAGUACACCUUUGAAAUUGGUAUCAAAACAAAAAGUCCAAGAAAAUAUCAUAGAUUUUACGCAUAUUGUUACAAAAGAAAAUGUUGCAUCUAUUUUGUUACAAACACCUUCACAGAAUCACACCUCUAUUACCAAUGAACAAACAGUUACAGAAAUAAUGUUACCAGUAUCAGGCAAGGCUAAUUUAGUGCAAUUUAAAAAACCUUUAUUUAUUCCAACCACACAACCAACAAAUUCAGUUAUAUUUCCACAAAUAACUCAAGCUCCAAUUGUAACAAAAUUUUCCUUGGAAUCUAAACCUUUAACUGCAAAUGCACCAAUCUGGAAUCCAAUAGAAAAUAGUUCAACCCCUAAAUCAGCUUCUCUUAAUGAAAUGUCAAAUAAGUUUAACUAUAAAACGUUUACUAAAGACCCUAUUAUUUUCAAUUCAACUAAUAUUACUACUCCAUUAUUUGGAAAUAAUGUAAUUCCUACUGAUACUUCUAGUAAAAACCCUGUAGACUUUAGUGUAAAAUCCACAACUACUAAACCUUUGAAUUUUGGUAAUACUCAUAACAUAAUUUCAACUAAGUCAACUUUAGAUAUUAUUUCAGGAACAACUGAAUCAAAAGAAAAAACGCCUUUUAAUUUUUCUAAUAUGUCUACUAUGAAAACAGAAGCAAAAAGUAGUAUGCCAAUGACCUUUAAUUUCGCUGAAUCAAUUAAAAAUAAAAUGGAUAACCCAAAGGACACACAAUUAAAUACUUUUAAUUUUGAAUCACCAUCAUCAUCAAAACCUUCGGAAAUUACAAGUUUAUAUACUGGAUUUAAUACUGAUAAAUCAGUAAAUAAUCAAGAAACAGUUCCAACAAAAGAUGUAACCUUAUCUACCUUUAAUUUUAAUUCAAAAUCUGAUAUUAAAUCAUUAUCAACGUUCAAUUUUAAUACAUUCAAAGAAGAUAUUUCAAAACCUAAAUCAUCUGAAACUCAAGACAUAACUUCUACAUCAACAGCUGUGAAUACACCUUUUAACUUUUCACUUCCGGCUAAAACAGUACCUACAACGAUAAGUGAACCAACGGGUUCUACAAUAACAUCAUCAACUUUUGGAGUUUUUAAGACACCUCCAAUUUCUGAUUCAGUGUCUAUAGUUAGUUCAAGUGCUAGUGUUACUGAUACCACAUAUCAAGUCUCUGAAAGUCCAACUCCAAUAAUAUCUGAACCAGUUACUCCAGAAAGUGAAAAUGUACCUACAACUCCAAAUAUUACUAAUAAUGCACCAAUUUUUGAAAUGCCAUCCACAAGUUCUUCAGUUUUUGGCUCGUCUAUUAAUUCAACAAACACUAUUAGUAAUCCAACUAGUACAAGUGCACAAACAUCAAUUUUCAGCACUCAGACAAAUGCUAAUAGUGCUGCUUCAAUUUUCAAUUCAUCUACUACUACUACUGCCUCUUUAAUUUUUAGUUCUUCUACAAAUACUACUAGUACUGCAUCAAUUUUCGGUACUGCUGCAAAUACGACUAAUACCUCUUCAAUUUUUGGAACAUCAACAAAUACAACUGCCUCAUCAUCAAUAUUUGGUACAGCAACUAAUACAACCACAGCAUCAUCAAUUUUUGAUGCUUCGGUCUCUACUGCUUCAUCAUCAAUAUUUGGAAAUUCUAUGAAAACUACUUCAUCUAUUUUUGGUACACCUGCCACUACUGUGACUUCAUUAUUUGGAUCAUCAACGACAAAUACAAGUGGAUUUGGAAGUUCAAUCCAGACAGCAACUGUUUUUGGUUCUCCUACUACAACAAGUUCAUCAAUAUUUGGUAACCCAACCAGUUCUGCAUCAUCCUGCAGCUCAAUAUUUGGUUCAGCAUCUACAACCACUUCAUCCAUUUUCGGAGCACCAGUCACAACUAGUACAACAUCAUCUAUUUUUGGUUCUCCUUCAACAACAGCUGCUUCUAGUGGCUUAUUCGGAUCUGUAGCUGCUGCAGCUAAUCAAUCAUCAUCAUUUGGUCAACCUUCUUUAGGAUUUAGUUCUCCUGGAUCAGCAUUUGGUAAUAUUUCUCUUUUUGGACAACAAGCAUGUAGUCCAUCUCAACCAUCCAGUAGUUUUACUCCAGCUGUUAAUCCUUUUGCUGUAAAUAAAACUUCUUCAAGUACACCAUCAUUGUUUACUAAUCAAAAAUCCUUGUUUGGCCAACCAACAGCAAGUGCAACAAACACAGGUUUUGGAGUAGCAAAUUCAGGAUUUGGUUCUAUAGCUAAUAGUGGAUUUGGUAGUCCAGCAAUGAGCAGUAGUCAAUCAAGUAAUUUAGGUUUUGGAUCUCCCCCAAUGUUUGGCAGCAUGGGAACUACUUAUGAUAUGUCUAAAUCAUCAGGUUUUGGCCAAGCACCUGUUUUUGGUGGAGCCGCUACAUUUGGCUCAACGCCACCAGCACAAUAUACAUUUGGCCAAAAUAGUUCUACACCUGAAUCCGGAUGUUUUGGAUUUGGUACAGCUGUUCAACAACCAUCAACUGCAUUUGCAUCUUUAGCUACUCAAAAUAAUACACCAAGCUUUGGUAAUAUAGCACAAAAUCAAAACAGUGGUUUUGCAUCUCCAACUACCCCUGGAUUUGGUCAACAACAACAAACAAGCCCAUUUAAACCUCAAGGCGCUACGUUUGGCGGAAGUUCCUUUAAUUCCUGGCGCUGAGACAAUAUUUAACUCCAUAAAUACUAAUUGUAAAAUUAGUUGAUAUUAUAUACAAACAUUUAGUUAUUAUUUACAAUUUUUCAAUUUCAAUAUAAAUUUAAUUUUAUUGUUUAUAUGUAUUACUAAUUAAAAUGCUUGGAAAAAAUAUAUUCAUUUAAUUUGUGAUUAAAUAAUGGAACAAUUAACCUAA